UAAACAAUUCUUCUUUCGUCUUUGGCCACGGAAAACGGUCCAUAAGUAUAAUCAUAAGGCUCAGAGAUCAAUUUAGCCUCCAUUCGAUUAGCUUGCUACGUGCAGUUGAACUCCUCCCUUCUCUCCCAGCCCCCUCAAGGGUAUCCAUCAUAUCUGCUCGGUCCACACACUUAGUAUCAACACCCUUUACAAUCCAAAAUGGCCAGCCGUCGUCCUCAGGGUAAAUCAUACGCAGAAGCGGUCGCUACUCCUGCACCGGAGAAAACGUCCGAUUCCGAUGUUACGCCUGCAGUUCCCACAAAUGUCAUCUUCAAACUGCUAGGGUUUUCCGCCGCGAUGGUCUCAUUGCCCAUUGGCAUGUACUUUGUCGCAGUGAAGUUUGGCGCGAGUCCAACUGUCGCCGGCAUUAUUGCGGCUGUUACGGCCAAUAUCGUCUUGUUUGCGUAUGUCUUUGUUGCAUGGCAGGAUGAUCGCCUGGAGAGAGAAGCCUUAACGAAGAAGAAAGAAAAGAAGGCGCAAUAAGGGGCUUGUGGCCCCUGGCGGGAUUACCAAUCGGUUUACAUGUAUGCGUUUGGUCUUUGUACUUAAUAUGCGGCGUUCGCGGACAGCUGUGUUGUAAUUCUACUUUGGUUUGGCCCAAGGAUGAUAAGUCAUGUGGACUGUAGGAAUACCAGUUGAAUAUGUGAGGUUCCUACA